AUUUAUUUGGUAUUUAUCGUUAAAAUGUCGACAUAGUUGUGCUAAAUUUUUCUAGUUUCUCUUGAAACGCCGUUUUAGUAAGAAUAAGUAUAAUUAUAAAAUGUCAAUCAUUCCAUUUUGUACUAAGUAAUUAUAAAAUAUACCGAUUUUAAAAAAUGUUACCAAGAAGUUAUUUAUUAGCAAAACACUUGUGUCAGAGUGCUUGCGUCGAAAAAUGUGCAACAUCCCUAGGUUCGACAAUAAGGCAUCUGAAUAUUCUACAAAACAACGUAACGAUAAUAAAACUAAAUAAAAGAACGCUAAUAUUAUCCAAGCAGCUAGCCAAAGAUAAAAACCAAAAAAAAUUACAGCAAAAUGUAGUUGAAAAACCUCUGAAAACACCAAUAAUAAAAAUUAUUGCUCCCGAAGGCAAAGAUGCUGAAUGUACAGAAGAUAUACAAACUGAAAUCUUAUUAAAAACCGAAAAAAUUGAACCUCCAAAGGAAAAAAUUAAUUUGGAAAAUGUUAAAGAGCAAAGUUUAAAUCAAAAUAUUGAAAAAGUUAAACCACUUUUGUCGUCGGAGCAAAUAAAAAAGUUAAAAGAAAAAAUUAUUGGUCCUAAGGAACCUGAAGCCACAGUUGUUAAGAAUGUAAAAGAAGUCAAACCUCCACCACAGAAAAAAAGGAAACGUGUAGACUUACAGGCAGCUUCACUAGAAAGAAACUUCAUAACACCAGUGCGAGCAAUGUCCGAUUUUGCUCUUAAACCAUCAGACUUGGAAUCGCUUCCAAAAACAAAAAGGCGUUCGCCGUACGAGUCUGAACCUCCCAUAACUGUUUAUUGGAGGAAAGACGUUGAAGCUAAAUCUCUGGAAGUCUGGGGAAGCAAAGAACACUUACAAAAAGAGCUGUUAAAGAGGGAUAUUGAAAGAAAGAAAUAUCAACAAAAUAUUUUCACUGUAAAACGCAGACUUCGUGAUUUUCGUCGUGAGGUUGGUAAAGCUGCUGAUGUUGUUGAAGAAGAAGGGGGUCUUAUGGGCAGAUCCGGCAGAGUUGUUUUGACUGCUGUUGUCAUCAAUGGGGCGAACUGUCUUUUCAAGUUGUUUGCUUGGCUUUAUACAGGAUCUCACAGUAUGUUUUCCGAGUGUAUUCACUCGCUGGCUGAUACUAUAAAUCAGCUUAUUUUGGCGUUUGGAAUACACAAAUCUAUUCAGAUUGCUGAUUCCUACCAUCCAUAUGGCUAUUCCAAUAUGAAAUAUGUGGCAUCACUUAUAUCAGGAGUUGGAAUAUUUUGUGUGGGAACAGGUCUGUCAUUUUACCAUGGUAUUUCUGGAGUUUUGAACCCACAGCCCAUAGAUGACUUUUUCUGGGCCUACUUUAUUUUGGCAGGUUCUCUAGUUUCAGAAGGUGCUACUUGGUUGGUAGCCCUGAAUUCUAUAAGGAAAGGAGCCAGGGAGAUAAAUAUGUCCGUUAAGGAUUACAUUUUCAGGGGUCAAGACCCGAGCGUCAACGUCGUGCUGCUCGAAGAUUUCGCUGCCGUAGUCGGCGUAAUUCUGGCGGGAGGUUGCAUGGGCAUCUCCUCGCUGACGAACAGCCCCAUCCCGGACGCCAUGGGCUCGCUGCUGGUGGGCUGCAUCCUGGGCAGCGUUGCCAGCUUCAUAAUCUACACCAACGUUGCCGCGCUGGUCGGCCGAUCCAUACCGGAGGAGAACCUGAACAGGAUCAACGCCGAGCUGGAGACGGACGUGAUGAUCAGGGCCAUACACGACGUCAAGGGGAUCGACAUGGGCAGCUAUUUGGUGCGGUACAAGGCCGAGCUGGAUUUCGACGGCAGGGAACUCACCAGGGCCUACUUGGAUAAGCAGGAUUUGAACGAGUUGCUCGAGGAAAUAAAAAAACUGGAAAACAUAGACAAGUUGGAGGAAUUCAUGUUAUGUCAUGGGGAAAAUAUUGUCGACAUGAUGGGUGGUGAAAUAGAUAGGAUAGAAAUGAAAUUAAGGAAAAAACAUCCGGAAAUAAGGCACUGUGAUCUAGAGAUAUUAUAAAGUCCAUGUCAGUUGAAAAUAUUUCAAGUUUAACUUAAAUAUAUAAAAGUAUUUUACUGCAGAAAGAUUAUAUAAGUUAAUUUAUUUUAUUAGAGAAAUUUUUUACUUCAACUUUGUGAUUAAUGAAUCUGUAUUUUAUACUAAUUUGUUGGCUUUAAUAAAC